AGAAGCAUGCAUACAGAAGACUACUGAUAUUGGAUUUGUGUUGAGGCACUCUUUGGAUUUUCUCUGCUUUUUAAUCUGUGUUUCAUAGCAGCAAUGACAUUUUUUAACCCUCUUGAAGAUUCUAAAUCCGUUAUUCUAGAUAAGAAUGAUAAGAGUAAAAACAAGAAACAAUCAUCUUCCCAUGGACCCUCACAUUAGAACAGUUGAAAUGGGUGCAACAUCCACAACAACCCAAGUGUUUGAAGAUACUGAUAUGGAAGUGAGAACUACUCCAGACAACUCAACCACAAGUUCUGUAGACCAGGCACCUAACAAGAGGGGAAUGGUGUUGCCUUUCCAACCCUUGUCUCUAGCAUUCGACCACGUCAAUUACCAUGUAGACAUGCCUGCUGAAAUGAAAAGCCAAGGAAUUGAAGAGACCCGUCUUCAACUGUUACGAGGUGUAAGUGGUGCUUUCAGGCCUGGCGUUCUAACAGCAUUGGUUGGGGUAAGUGGUGCUGGAAAGACCACCUUGAUGGAUGUGCUAGCCAGAAGAAAGACUGGUGGUUACAUUGAGGGCAGUAUCAGCAUUUCUGGUUACCACAAGAACCAAGAAACUUUUGCUAGAAUUAAGGGUUAUUGUUGUUUGGUUAUUUCUCAAAGAAAUGGAGAGAGACGUUGAAGAGCUGAAAUCAAGUUUCCAUUUCAGU